AGCCGCAAGGGGAAGCGGCGCUAUCUUAUCCCAACUUCUCUCUGUUCUUAUCUCGCCAUCUGCAAAUAGUUCGAAAAGCUCAACCCGUUUUUUAAGCCUUUGUUGACAGAGCCCGGUUUUACUUUCUUUCUUCUUUAGAGUGCAAUUCGUCUAUUGUCUUUGGAAUUGCCCCUUUUCUUUUUUAAGUUUUUAAUAUCUCCAACUAUGUCGGACGUCGCAGCUCUGGAGGCCGAGGUCAAGGAAUUCAAGCUACAGCUUGAAACCGUCCAAUCGAGUUUGCAGGUAGAUCCAGAUAACACGGAACUUCAGAGUCUCAAAACUGAGCUGGAAGAACUGAUUAAUCUCACCGAAACCUCUAUCGCCGAACUCAAACCGGCCACCCCGUCCUCGUCCAAACCGUCGUAUCCAAUAAAAGAGCAGGGAUUGCGGAAUAAUUACUCGGCUCCUCAGACGGGAUAUCGCAAGCCAACAGUUGAGCAGACCGAGGAGUCCACUCCGUCCACUCCGCCAGCGUCUUUCUCCGUGAACGAACACGUUCUUGCCCGCUGGGUUUCCGGCGACAACUCCUUCUACCCUGCCCGCAUCACCUCCAUCACCGGCUCCUCCAGCAAUCCCGUGUACCUCGUCUCUUUCAAAUCCUAUAGCACUGUGGAAUCCUUAACUUCAAAAGACCUCAGGCCUAUCUCUGGCAAUGAUUCGCGUAAGCGCAAGGCUGAUGGAAGCUCAGGCAAUUCCGCAUCCCAAUCCCCAGCACCUCAACUGCCAAACUCGAGCGUGAUCUCUGCAGCCGCAGACAUCAAUCCUGCAUUAGCCAACCAAGCACGGAAGGAGCCGAGUAAGGCUAGCGAUGGCUCCGCGCGCCCCGCAAAGGCGCCGAGGAAGGUCAAAGCCAACCGGGAGCUUGAGGAGGGUAAGAUGAAGUGGAAGGAUUUUGCCAGCAAGGGGAAGUUGGGUCGGAAAGAGAGCAUGUUUCGAACGGGAGACGGAGUCAAUGCCCGAGUGGGGUUCACCGGGUCAGGUCAAAAGAUGCGUAAAGACCCUUCCAGGUCGCGACACGUUUACCAACAAGCCGAUGAUGAAGGCUACUGAUGCGGUGGCUCGGGUGCCUUUUGGAGGGUUCUCUUAUGACAUGGGCUUGGUUUCUUUUCUCCUUAUUAUGCUCUUUCGCGCAAGCUAUCUAAUGUUCCCAUUACUAACAGGCUAUUGGUGGCAGAUAAGUCAUCUCAUGGUUGUCGAGGCAAGGAGUAGUCGUACAUAGAACGCGGCUUAAAGAUAUUGGUGAUCUGUUACCCUAUGAGUGUUCUGAUACGUCUAUCGGAGCAUAUACCAUGAAUUCCCAGCCUACCGGAUGUGCUCGUAAUAGUUGAUGCGACACAGCUUCUAGAGAAUCCAUGACAAGACUUCGGUUACAUUAAUAUAAAUAUGUAGAGUGG